CUGACAAACCAAAACCACUCAGUGCUGUUACCACACGUUCAUAUUUGUUUUUUCGUUUUCCUUUUUUAAAUUGAGCGUCUAUCUAACUAUUGCUCUUCGUUGUACUUGUUGACUAAUACCCGGGGGGUCGUCAACCUCACGCGUAAAGCGGUUACAACAACAGCAACGAAGUUUUACCGGAUGAGCAACAGUAACUGAGAGACGUGAGGCAGUCAUGCUUCUGGUGGACCGUGGUCUGUUCAUCGGCACUGCGGCCGACCUCAACAACCCCCAGGCAUUGGCUGAUGCGGCUGUCACUCACAUCCUGUCUGUGGACUCGGUAGACCCCGGCCCGCUGCUUCCCGCUAAUGCAGCCUUUUGCAGGAAGUGGGUCAAUGUUUUAGACGAAGCGAUGUCUGAUCUUCUGAGUCACAUGGACGACUGUUUCCUGUUCAUUCAGGAGGCUGUGGAGGCAGGCCAGGCUGCACUUGUCCACUGCCAAGCCGGUCGGAGUCGCAGUGGCACCAUUGUGACUGCUUAUUUAAUGAAGAGAUACCAGCUGGGCUUCACUGAGGCUUACCACCGACUGAAGAGUAUUAAACAGGACGUCCAAGCCAACAGUGGUUUUGAAGAGCAGCUGUGUCUGUAUGAAGCCAUGCAGUGUGAAGUGGACACCUCCAGUCCUCUGUACAAACAAUACAGACUGACCAAGCUCACAGAGAAAUACCCAGAGUUGCAGCAGGUUCCUAGGGAGCUGUUUGCUGUUGACCCUGCCCUCUCCAACUCUUCUGAAGUGUCUUAUCGAUGCAGGAAGUGCAGACGGACUCUGUUCCGUGACUCCAGUAUUCUCAGUCACCCAGUAGGAGAAGGAGCCUCAGCCUUUAGUCACAAGAAGUCAAGUAACCUCACUGGAGAAGUCCAGUGUACAUCAUACUUCAUCGAGCCAGUGCAGUGGAUGGAACAAUCCUUACUUGGAGUGAUGGAUGGACAGCUCCUGUGUCCGAAGUGUAAAUCCAAGCUGGGCUCAUUCAGCUGGUGCGGGGAUCAGUGUUCGUGUGGCCGCUGGGUGACUCCCGCCUUCCAGCUGCACCGCAACAGAGUGGACGAGAUCCGGCAAAUGAACAUGCAGAAAUAACACACACAGAUAAAACAUUACAAUCAAUGCAGGCAAAAAAGACAUAACACAGAGCUGGCCAACACACAUUUAUAUUGGGUUUUCAGACACUGGAGAUGUUUCAGAUGUUUCUAACCCAUUUAUCCAUUUCAGAAUGAAUUAGCUCCUAUCCUAAAUGUUAAAAUAUAUUUCUGUAAUUUGCACAUAUAACUGUAAAUAAAAACAGAUCUGUAAAUAUGAAAUGGAAAAUCUGUACUGAUCUGAGAAUGGUUUGAUUAUGUUUGAGGAGUAUUUCCAUAGAAGAGAUGGAGUAUGUGGGAUUCAUAUCAAUACAAAUUAGAAUCUCCUGUAUUUUGGAUGAUGUCACUGCCUAAAUCAUCUAAAAUCAGCUGUUGGAGCAACCAGCGUUGUUGUUCCAGACAAAUUGGUUUCAUAUUGCACUUUUCCAUUGUUAGAUGCUCACUUGAAUGCAUUAUUCAUUCGCUCAUGGCUGCCAAUGUGUGCCUACGGCCUCUCCAACCCCCACCUACAUCACACACUUGCAAUCAUACACCAGAGAGCAUACACCUGGGGGCAAGGUGGGUUAAGUGUCUUGCACAAGGACACAACGGACAGACUCGGGAUGGAGGGAAUCAAACCGCCAACCUUCCAGUUAUUGGAUGACCGAUCUACCUCUUGAGCUACUGCUGCCUGAGUCAUUUGUCAUUUUUUGUUAUUCCUGUCUAAAGUCUUCCUUCCUUCUGCCUUUAAUGCACAUCCAACAGAAACUUGGUUCCUCCAGCUGUGGCCGCCAUUUGAUUCCCAUCCAGACCCAUGGGUCCAACUGAGAGAUAACUCUGCGAUGAAGGUUGUGAGGUUCAGUUUCUGUCAGGCAGAUGCUGAAAACAUCAGUCAUAAUUCAGAUGACAUAAUACUUUCUUAAACUGUAGCCCAGAAGCUCACUGAAAUAUGUCAGAGUGAUCAAUGGGAAACCAAAUUUUCCUCACACAAGCUCCAUUAAUUUCCCUUUUUCUGAUGUUGUAUCUGUCAUAUAUUCUCAAGUACACAGUGAUUCAUUGCUUUGAUGGGUAAAAAUGCAGUACAUAAAUUAUUAAAAGCCAGUCCACAGAA